ACUUGGUAUUUGGUAAAAUGAGACGGAGGGCGCAUAUUUUAGUUUAAUGGACAGAUAUUGAUAAAUAUUUUAGUAAUGUGAACAUGCAUUGUUGGAAGUACAAGCAGUAAUCAACAUCCUUAAGUGUUCACACUCCCAAGAAAUCAGAAGAAUUAAACAAUAGUCAGCACAUAUUUUUUUCUUUUUCUCCAAAAAAUUUACUUGAGCUAAUUAGUCAACAAAAUGGAGAAAUUAGGCAAAAGAUUUGAAGGGAAAGUAGCAAUAGUAACAGCAUCAACACAAGGUAUUGGAUUUAGCAUAGCUGAAAGAUUAGGCUUGGAAGGUGCUUCUGUUGUUAUCUCCUCUAGAAAACAGAAAAAUGUGGAUGAAGCAGUUCAAAAACUCAGAGAUCGAGGAAUUGAAGCUUUUGGAGUAGUAUGUCAUGUGUCAAAUGCACAACAGAGGAAGGAUUUGGUCGACAAGACCAUUCAGAAAUACGGGAAAUUGGACGUCGUUGUGUCAAAUGCUGCUGUAAAUCCUACAGUGGAUGCUAUAUUGGAAAUUAAAGAACCAGUCCUUGACAAGCUGUGGGAUAUCAAUGUGAAAGCCGCUAUAUUAUUACUUCAAGAUGCAGCUCCUUACCUUCGGAAGGGUUCCUCAGUUGUUAUAAUUUCCUCUAUUUCUGCAUAUGAACCACCCGCUGCCAUGGGAAUGUAUGGCGUAACUAAAACAGCCCUUCUUGGGCUGACCAAGGCUCUCGCGUCUGAAAUGGCUCCCAAUACUCGUGUGAACUGUGUCGCGCCAGGGUUUGUACCCACACAUUUCGCUGACUUUAUCACGGGGAAUGCUAAUUUGAGGAAAGAACUUGAGGCCAAGACAUUACUCAAUAGGCUCGGAACAACACAAGACAUGGCCGCAGCUACUGCUUAUCUUGCUUCAGACGAUGCUGCUUAUGUAACCGGAGAAACUCUUGUAGUUGCCGGUGGAAUGCAUUCAAGACUGUAACAUAUUCAUUGUAGUUCCUCCCCCGACAUUUUAAGUCUCUUACCGCGUCUCCAUACGAUGACAGUACUAUGAUGUUGAGAAUCUUUUUUUUUUAUGGUGGUGUCUAAAAACUACCCCUAGAAUACAAGGGGGUUACUAUGUUCUCCCCUUUUGAUGUUUCUGUCCUUGCAGCUAAUGAAGUAUUACAUUUUUAU